AUGCAUAAGGGAAACGUCGUUGUAUUGAUCUUAUUGAUCGUUCCAGCAGUUUUGCUGAUCGUUUCAUACUCUUCAUACUGGUACAAAGUCAGCACGGGUGAUUCCGCUUCAUACUACAAGCAAGACACAAUUAAGAGUACCGGAGGAGGUAACACCAUUUACACAGACUGGAGCGACAACGAUGGAGAUAAGAGAACCCAUCAGAUUUUCACCUCGGCAAUGGCCUUUGCUACUAUUGCUUGGAUUGUCGACAUUAUUGCCGUGUUCUUCAUUGUGCUCAGCCUUCUUGGAAUUCUCAGCAAGAUCCCAUUGCUGCCAUUCCUUACCAAGUUCUUGCCAUUGGCAGUUUUGAUCCUGUCUCUCAUCUCGCUGUUCAUCUUUGUUGGUCUGCCAAGCGCCAUGAAGAAGGACUGCCAGGCUGUCUCUACUGAUACCAUCUGUGACAACGACAAGCAGAACAAGGACCUCUCUGGUUCCCAAAGCGUCACUAUUUUGGGAGUCACCUUCACCACCAAGUGGGGACCAAUCCAAGGUUUUGCCUGUGUUGUCGUCUCUGCCGCCUUUGCCCUGGGUGCCACCGUUGCUUCCUUCCUCAUGUCCGCUUUCUAA